AUGUCACUGGACUCGGGCACUCAAUUCACUUCCAAUGCCCUGGAGAAGGCCAUGGAUCAUGACAGGCCUGCUUUGUCCCCAGCGAGCUUCCCACUGACACCCAACGACGCCAAGUGCUAUUGGAUCGAGAACUUCCCCUUUAGCUUGGACGACCGUUUUGCGUCAGCUCCUCUACCAGAAGAGGUCGAUGUUGCCAUUAUCGGUUCUGGCAUCACCGGCGCCGCAGCUGCAUACAGAUUUUCUCAGAAACGGCCCGAACUGCGUGUAGCCGUCCUUGAAGCUCGCAGUCUCUGCUCUGGCGCGACAGGCCGUAAUGGUGGCCAUAUUGGACGCCCAGAAGUCUAUGACUAUCGCGAGCUAGCAAGGACCUUCGGUACCGAGGAUGCCCUGCGUAUGAGAAAGAUGGUGCUCAGAAACAGAGACAUGAUGAUUGAGUGUAUUUCUCAGCUCGGUGCUGCAGAAAAGGUCGAUCUUCGUCUCAAUGGCACUAUGGUCGUCUUCGCAAACCAAGAGGAGCGCCAAAAGUUUGAAGACGAUCUGGAUUACGCCCGUGAGCAAGGGUACGAGGAGGAAUGCUGCAUUUUGAGCCCAGAGGAAAUCCUGCAGAAAAUCUCCAUUGCCCCUGAAGCGGCUCAACAUGGUGCCGCAUAUCUUGAGAACUGUGGCACCAUGUACCCCAGGAAGUUCGUCAAUGUGCUCUUCGAGACCGCGCUGGAAAGAAUGCCAGCCCUCUCACUGCACCCCAAUACGCCCGUCUCCCAAGUUUCUUACAUCACAAAAGACCCAACCCGGCAUUACCGAAUCAAAACCAGCACUGGAAAAGUUGUCAAUGCCAAGGCCGUCCUCCAUGCGACCAAUGGCUACGCAAACAGCCUCUUGCCCGCUCUAAGGGGGAAGAAGGGCGUUGUGGGCUGCAUGGCUCACAUGCUCGGCGUACAACCGCCAAAGAUUGCCGGUACACAGCUUCACCAAGGGUUUGGAUACGCUGACUUUUGGCACUGGAUUCAACAGGCACCGCAGGAAGGCCCAUUUUUGUAUGGCCUUGCUACUGCGGAGCGUAUGAACUACUACAACGACUCCCAGACUAUCCCUGAUGAUGACCCGGUGAAGAAGGAGAUGCUACGAUUCCUCAAACAGACAUUCGGCAAAUGGUUCCCAGGAACUGAAGUGGAGCCAUGCGUCAAGUAUGACUGGACAGGUAUCCAAGGAUUCACUGUAGAUGGUGCAAGUAUUGUUGGUCGGCCGAACAAGGAUAGCUUGGGAGAAUUCGUAUCUGUGGGACACAACGGUGAGGGGAUGACGAGGUGUUUCGCUUGCUCAACUGUCGUAACGGACAUGAUGCUCUCUUUCUUGAGUGGAGAAAAGGGGUUCCAGAUUCCUGAAUGGUUCCCCAGGGCAUUCGUGAGAGAUCUGAAAAGUCGGAAAGCUUGA